AUGAAUAUCCCUCUCCCCAUCCACUCAUCACCGAGUCUGCGGAAUCGGGAAAGCAGAGACUAUCACAUCAAAAACAACACCUCCAUCAGCAGCAAUACCAGCACUCAAAGAACACCGCCACCGGCGGCCGAGGCUAUCAAUGGCCCGGUUAGGGAGGCGGCCAGAGGGUCAGCGGUUAUCAACGACAGGUUAAUCGUUGGUGUCGACUUUGGAACUACAUUCUCAGGAGUAGCAGCAGUCUACACCGGCACCCCCGACGACAUAGAAAUCAUCAAAACCUGGCCGGGCGGCAACGGCAUCACCUCGGACAAGGUGCCCACCGAACUAUCCUACGACCUCCCUCCCAACUCACCCCCAGGCACCGCCCCAACGAUAAAAUGGGGGUUCCAGUUCAAACCAGAAGAGUCCCGCCUCCGGUGCAUCAAGCUCUUUCUCGACCGCUCCCAGAAAUUACCAUACUAUGUCUCACCCCUCGAAACCGCCGCCCAGCUUAAGAAGUUCAAGAAGACGGUCGCCGACGCCGUGAGUGAUUACCUAACGCAGAUAUACAAACACACAAUGGACACCCUCACACGAAGAUACGGCGAGACGUUUAUGGCCUCGACAAAGGUCAGUUUUGUUCUCACCUGCCCGGCGGUCUGGUCAGAUGCUGCGAAGAACACUACUUUGCAGGCGGCGGAGAGGGCCGGGAUGGGGGCGGGGGGGCAGAUUCAGAUUAUCAGUGAGCCCGAGGCGGCGGCCGUGUAUACUUUGAAGGCGAUACAGCCUAAUCACUUGAAGGUUGGGGAUAAUUUUAUUGUUUGUGACGGUGGUGGCGGGACGGUCGACCUCAUCGCCUACAAAAUCGUCUCUCUGAAUCCCAUCAAAGUAGAAGAAUCAGCCGUUGGAACCGGCGGGUUGUGCGGUAGCGCCUUUCUCAACUACCGGUUCGAAGAGCAUGUCAAAUCCAGACUCGGACAGAGCAGAUUCGAUGACAUGAAGGCGAAAAAGGGCAAGACAUGGCAGAUGGGACUGCGGUAUUUCGAGGAGUUUGUCAAGAGGAAUUUCAACGAGGACGAACAUCAGGAGGUCAAUGUGCCGUUUCCCGGCCUUCCCGACGACGAAGAAGCCGGCCUCGACUCGGGCUUCCUCGUAAUGACAGCCGACCAAAUCAAAGAAAUCUUCGACCCCGUCGUCAAAGAAGUCUGCGAACUCGUCCAAGGUCAAGUCGACAACCUCCGCGCGUUGGGGGGGAUCGUCUCGGGCAUCAUCCUCGUCGGUGGCUUCGGACAAAGCGAUUACCUCUACCGCAAGCUCAAGACUCACUUCACCAGCGCCGCCCCCCCUCCCUAUAGUGAGAGACCCUCCCAGGCCAACAUCGACAUGCGAGAGCGGCCCUCGGUGGAGGUGAUGCAGCCGGUAUACGCCUGGACGGCCGUCGUCCGCGGCGCGGUUUUGCGCGGCUUGGAAGGUAACAUGGUCAUAUCCCGAAAGGCGAGAAUGCAUUAUGGCACGUCGUAUGCGACUGUGUACGACGAGGAGAAGCACUCUGUGGCGGAGAGGUACUGGUCGCCGCUGUGGGAGAGGUGGAUGGUCAGUGACAGGAUGCAAUGGCAUAUUGCAAAGGUUAGUCUCCCACCCUCUCGUCCCUGUAUUCUAGUUCCAACAUACCAACAAAAGAGAAAAAAAAACAGGGAGAAGCGCUAUCGCCCAUGCAACCCAUCGCCUUCCACUACACCCGCAACUUCCGCCCGGGGCAGUCGUUGGUCGUCACCGACGACCUCAUCGCCUGCCAGGCUGAUGAGCCGCCCAAGGCUUUUACUCGGGAUCUGGUGCACACUGACAACCACACGCGGUGUUGAGUUCGACAAUCUGGAUUUUACCCUCGAGAUGAUCGUCGACAGUGCGGGGCUGGGAUUCGAGCUUAAGGUUGACGGGGUGAGGUAUGGGAGGGUAGAUGCCGAGUUUCACUAG